CUCGGCGCGGGAGUCGGGCAUGGCGGCCCCGGGAGGAGUGCGGGCGGCGCUGUGCGCGCUCCUGGCUCUGGCCGCGCUCGCCGGGCACGUAGCCGGCGAAAAGAAUUCUGAAGAUGUCCGAUGUAAAUGCAUCUGUCCUCCUUACAAAGACCAUGCUGGCCAAAUUUUCAGUAAGAAUGUUUCACAGAAAGACUGUGAUUGUCUUCAUGUUGUGGAGCCUAUGCCAGUUCCGGGACCAGAUGUAGAGGCAUAUUGCUUACGUUGUGAAUGCAAAUAUGAGGAAAGAAGCUCUGAAACUAUUAAAGUUACAAUCAUCAUAUAUCUCUCCAUCUUGGGUCUCCUCCUGCUGUAUAUGGUGUAUCUUACCUUGAUAGAACCUAUUCUGAAGAGACGCCUCUUUGGACAUUCACAGCUAAUACAAAGCGAUGACGACGUUGGGGAUCACCAGCCUUUUGCAAAUGCGCACGAUGUGCUGGCUCGUUCCCGAAGCCGAGCCAACAUGCUGAACAAAGUGGAGUAUGCCCAGCAACGUUGGAAGCGCCAAGUCCAAGAACAGCGCAAAUCUGUGUUUGACCGUCAUGUUGUGCUCAGUUAAUAAGUAGAGUAAUUAUCACCAAAUCGUGUUGGAGGAAAAUUAAUGGACGAAAGUAAAGUGCCAGAUUGUUUUCCUGGUGUUCCACUUCAUCGGAAGACCAUUUUUGCUCGUUAGCAGCAAAGGAAGCACAAACACGAGGGGAAGGAAUAUCUUCAAAUAUUUAACAAGCCAAAAUCUUAGUACACCACUAAGUUGCUUAUACUAAUAAAGCAUAAGCUUAUUAUUUGUGUGCUAAUUUUGACAUUGAGAGAUGAUUCACUAUGUUUCUUAAAUGCAAGUUUCCCUAAUAUCUAUUUGAAGAAAUGAGACGGUGUGCCACAUUUCUGCUACAAGUGACUUUACAUAUUGAACUUUUAUAUAUGUAUAUUUGUUCUUUUCUAACUGUCUGAUGCUGUGUAUCAAAAACCUGGGUCUUUCAGUAUAGCUGUUGCAUCUAAAACUGGCUGGUUGUAUGCAUUUUAUUGCUUGCACCUCUGCAACUUUAAGACAGGGAACUCUAGAGACUUGAAGUGCUGUGUAAAUGAAACAAUGUAGAACAGAAUAGGAAGUGUUGGACCUCCUCGGUUGCUUGCUAAGUGUCUACAAUGUGAUAUCUAAAUUUAUUCAUCUAAAUCUUAAUAGUUGGUGGAUGAUAAGAAUCUUCAAAAAUUAGCUGGAUAACGGAAUGCGAAUAAAUUAUUCAGAAUCUU